AUGCUAGAAUUUCUGGCUACAAGAGGCUACAGAAUCUAUAGUAAUAAUAGUACGGAAUCUGUACUACAGAUAAAGCAUAGGUAUUUGUCACAUAUAAACAAUGUUUCAGCGGAGGAUCGGCUAAAUGUGUGGCAAUUAUGCAAAACAUAUUUAGGCGGCGAAUGGAGUAGUGUUUGCGCCGACGAUCUGGUUAUCAAACCCGCGACGGGCGGAUUUGUGAACAAAAUAUUAUUUUGUUUUCUCCCCGACUCGAUUGACCAUGGACAAUCCCACUAUUUCAACGCCGGCGAUGACCUCAACCCUAUGGCAGUGUCAGUGUUGGCACAGAAAGUGGCAAAAUUGCAUUCACUAGAUAUGCCGAUACCUAAAGACGGCGCCGACUGGUAUAUGAGGAUAAUUAUGGAGGACUGGUUCCCAGAGUGUGAUCGCGAGUCCUAUAGAAACGGGUCGGUUCGCCACGAGAUCCAGAAGAAUAAGAAUGACUACAAGACACUGAUGUCAGUGGAUCUGUUGGAAGAGAUGGAUUGGCUCAGACGUAUGUGCGAAAAGAUUGACUGUCCCGUAGUCUUCUCGCACGCCGACCUCAAUCGGCGCAAUACUCUGGUCCGGGAGGGAGGGGUUGGCCCGGGUUUGGACGUUUACAUCAUUGACUGGGACUGGUGUUGCUAUACCUAUAGGGGCGCCGACUUUGGCGAUUAUUUUAUGAAUUGGUGCCAAACAGAGCUGGAUUUUGGUGGCGGACCCUUUCCUACCGACGACCAGAUGCUGGUCUUCAUCGACGCCUAUAUCCGGGAAAUGACAGCAAUUAAUGGCAACUCUUUUACACAAUUGGAGAUCAAUUCGAGCAAAAGGCUUAUAAUGGAGGCGAAAGUGUUUGCUUUAUUGGGUUAUAUUAAGGAACCUAAAGGAGAACAAAGAUAUAAACCUAAAGGAGAACAAAGAUAUAAAGUUUACAAAGAACUAAAGGAACUACAUGAGACUUACAUGAGACUCAGUGUUUCAGCUGAGGAUCGGUUAAAUGUGUGGCAAUUAUGCAAAACAUAUUUAGGCGGCGAAUGGAGUGAUGUUUGCGCCGACGAUCUGGUCAUAAAAUACGCGGCGAACGGAUAUGUGAAUAAAACACUAUACUGUUCUCUCGCCAACUCAAAUAACCCGCAAACUAAAUACCCAAAAGUUGUGGUCAAAUAUCAAAAUGUAGAUUAUCUGAAGAGUUCGGGAAUAAAUCUAACCUAUUUAUCGGCCGUUAAUAUUAUUUUAUCCGAGAAUAAUAUCGCGCCAAAAGUGUUGGCUGUCUUUGAAAAGGGGAAUAUCUGUGAAUUCAUUGAUUCGCGUUAUUUCAGUGCUGCCGAUGACCUGAACCCCACAGCAGUGGCAGUGUUGGCACAAAAGGUGGCAAAACUGCAUUCAAUAGAUAUGCCGAUACCUAAAGACAAUACAGAAUCGCAUCUAAAACUCAAUUUAGAGAUCUGGUUUUCAGAGUCGGAUCGGGAGUCAUAUAAACACGGGUUAGUUCGCGAAGAGAUCCAGAAGAAUAACUACAAGACAUUCAUGUCAGUGGAUCUGUUGGAAGAGAUUGAUUGGAUCCAACGUGUGUGCAAACAGGUUGACAGUCCGGUAGUUUUCUCGCACAACGACCUCAUGAGGCGUAAUAUACUGGUCAGGGAUGCCAUCGCUGACCAACCUUUGGAUGUAUACCUUAUUGACUUGGAUUGGAGUAGUUAUAUGUUUAGGGGCGCAGACUUUGGCGACUAUUUUAUCAAUUGGUGCCAAACGGAGCUGGACUUCGGGGACAAACCCUUUCCUACCGAUGACCAGAUGCUGGUCUUCAUCGACGCCUAUAUCCGGGAAAUGACAGCAAUUAAUGGCAACUCUUUUACACAAUUGGAGAUCAAUUCACGCGACAAACUUAUAAAGGAGGCAAAAGUGUUGGGUUUAUUUUCGUAUAUGAAAAUGAUUACCUGGACAAAUUCUAUUACCAAUAAAAGCGGAACAUCAGAAAUGAUGCCUAAAGGCGAGCAAACAUUUAAAAACUACAAAUUAUUAAAGGAUCGACUAAUUGAAGACUAUCCAGAAUUUGAAUAA